AAGGUGGGUGCUGGGAACGGAGCAGUCGAGUCAUAGUCAUACAACUAUAGAAGUCGGUGCUCGUUACUAUCAGUGUUUGUUUAUCUGUUUUGUUUUUUUUUGUAGCCAAAUUGAACAUUAUAAAACUCAUUUUUCUAAUUCAAAAAUGAGCAAAACUGAUCUACCGUAUCUGGCAGAAUAUGCCAAAAGUGGUCGUGCCAUAUGCAGAGACUGUUGUUCCCGGAUAGAACUAGAUACUUUGCGUCUGGCUGUUAUAGUCCAGUCUACAAAUUUCGAUGGAAAACAUCCCGAAUGGUUCCACUUCGAAUGCUUUUUCCAAAAACACAGACCAAAGACUGUCGAUGACAUUGAACACUACGAAUCUUUGAGAGUUGAAGACCAAGACAAGAUAAAGGAAAGAGUAGAACUGUCAAGUGUUACUAUAGUCCCAGACAAAAAAGGGAAAAAACGGGCUCAAGAUAAAAUCGAUGCUAAAUUGAAGAAAGAAGCUCUAGAAGAUUUCAGAAUUGAGUAUUCUAAGUCCGGAACGGCUGCUUGUGGAGAAUGUGACCAGGAGAUUUUAGAGAAUGAGGUCCGUAUCUCCAAAAAAGAUUAUGAAAGAGACGUAGGUAAAAAAUAUGGAGGACAAGAUCUCUGGCAUCACGUUACUUGUUUUGCUCAAGUUAGAGCUGACCUAGGAUACUUCGAAUCUGGAGAUAAGCUGCCUGGUUUUAAAGGGUUGAAGAAAGAGGACCAAGAUACUGUGAUCCAGGCGAUAGUUCCUAUUAAACAAGAAGACAUCCCUGAAGUGAAGAAAGUCAAGGUAGAAGACGAAGUGGACGCUCCUCCCAAGGAAGAAGAUGAGUACCGAAAGCAGAAUAAAUUAAUGUAUACGUACCGGGAUGCCCUUAGCCAGUACAAAGGAAGAGAAUUUAAGGAAAUCACGAAUGCGUUGCUGGAGUACAACAACCAAAAGUAUUUUAAAGGCAAACAAACGACAUUGGACCACUUGAUGGACAUCAUGGCGUUCGGAGCUCUCGUUCCAUGUGACACGUGCAAAGGCCAGUUCGUGUAUUCCAGCACAGGUUAUGUAUGCAAAAGCGAUCUUACAGACUGGGCAAAAUGCAACAAGCAAGUGAUGGAGCCUAGAAGGAAGCCAUUUAUGAUACCUGACUAUUUGAACUUGGAACACUAUUCGUUCUUGAAAGAUUACAAAUGUAAGCCGACGAAUAGAAUUAUCAAAGUAAAAGUUUCUACUAAUGGCGAUAAAAAAGAGGAAGACAAUGAAUAUGCUGAGCCACGAGUUAAAAGAGAUCUUCCACCUCUACACGAAAUGAAAUUUGUCAUCCUUGGACAUUCGGAUAAAAGUAAAGAAGCCAUAACGGAAGAAGUGACAGCUUUGGGAGGUAAAAUCGUUACCAAAAUAGACAAAACAGUUAUGGCUCUCAUUACGACGGAAAAGGAAGUGGAAAAAUUGGGCAGUAGAAUGCAAGAAGCGGAAUCUGAAGGAAUCCAUGCUGUUUCGGAAGAUUUCUUGAAAGUGGCCAAAUACAAUUCCGGAAAAAUCCCAGAUCUGAUUAUUAAGAAGAGCAUUUGUAGUUGGGGAACUGAUCCUACGGUACGCCUGCCACAGCCAGCAUCCACCAGCUCUAAUUCGAAAUCACAAAGCAUUUUCACCAUGUUCGUACCAGAAUCUGUCAAGUUGAAGUCUGAAGGAGGAACUGCGGUGGAUCCCGACUCUGGGCUCCAAAAUACAACCCAUGUGUACCAAAAUGGCAACGAUAAAUAUACCGCCAUUUUAGGUUUGACUGACAUUCAGUCGGGGAAGAAUAGUUAUUAUAAGUUGCAGUUGCUGGAAGCUGACGGCAGAGACAGUUAUUGGGUGUUUAGAUCUUGGGGAAGAAUUGGAACCACGAUUGGAGGUAAAAAACUUGAAGAGAUGGACUCUUUGAUCGACGCCAAAGAAAACUUCGAAAAAGUGUACAAAGAGAAAUCUGGAAACGAGUGGCGGAAUAGACACAACUUUAAAAAAGUCCCUGGAAGAAAGUACCCCAUCGAGAUGGACUACUUAGAGGAGGAGGCUCAAAAACUGGACAUCGUCGAGUGCGAUUCGAAGCUGCAUCCCCGAGUACAAGAUCUCAUCAAAGUUAUAUUUGAUGUGAACACUAUGAAAAAUCUUAUGUUGGAGUUCGAGUUGGAUACAAAAAAAAUGCCCUUGGGUAAAUUGAGUAAAGCCCAAAUUCAAAAAGCCUUCGGAGUUUUGAGCGAAUUGCAAACUCUGAUAAACGAAAAAGCAGAAAGAUCCAGAUUUAUAGAUGCCUCCAACAGAUUUUACACGUUCAUACCUCACUCCUUCGGUGUCGACAAUCCACCAAUCUUAGACGAUCCCGAAGUUAUCAAGCAAAAAAUCGAAAUGUUGGACAGCUUGUUGGAACUGGAAAUCGCCUACAACGUAAUGAACACAUCAGGAUCAGAACACACAGUCGACAGCUACUACAAGCAGCUCAAUACAGAGAUCGAUGUUUUGGACAAAGCAAGCGAAGAAUUCCAAAUUAUCGAAGAAUAUGUCAAGAACACUCAUGCAGCUGACCAUAAUACUUACGAGUUGGUUAUCGACCAGGUGUAUACUGUCAAACGACAAGGAGAAGAAGAGCGCCACGAACCAUUCCGCAAGCUCCCGAACAGAAAACUGCUGUGGCACGGAUCCAGAGUUACCAAUUUUGCAGGUAUUCUAUCUCAAGGUCUUCGCAUUGCCCCACCAGAAGCGCCUGUUACCGGUUACAUGUUCGGCAAAGGUAUCUACUUCGCUGAUAUGGUCUCCAAGUCUGCCAAUUAUUGUUGCACCAACGUCAACAGUCCGUUGGGUUUGAUGCUGCUCUGCGAUGUAGCUCUAGGAAAUAUGCACGAAAGACUGCAAGCCGAUUACAUUAAAAAGUUGCCAAAAGGGAAGCACAGUUGCAAAGGUGUAGGCAUGACACAUCCAGAUCCUUCUGUGGUGAAGAAGAUUGGUGAUAUUGAAGUGCCUGUUGGAAAAGGAGUUUCCAGCGAUGCCAAGUCCAGUUUGUUGUAUAACGAAUAUAUCGUUUAUGAUGUGGCUCAAGUCAACAUAAAAUAUUUACUGAAGAUGCACUUUGAAUAUAGGUUCUAAGUGGCUUAGUAGUUUUAGUUUUGUUAUUCACUGUUUAACUGUUAGUUGUAAGUGCUAAAAUUUAAGUGUUUGUUUUCUAUAAGAAUUAUAAUUUAUACACUUUUUGGUACUUUGGGCAUAAAAAUUGUCCUUUCAGUGCUCUCUUAGUAAUAUUUUGGUAAAGUCAGAAAAGAGUAGGAACAAUUUUUGUGGGAGGUCACCUUUGUAUCAAAGGUUGUUGUAAAAAGCCUGUGACAGCUGUUACCAUCAUUUCAUAUUUGGCUUUUUCAAUCACCGAUCAAAUUGUUGCUUUUUUCAGAUCACUAACUGUUUUUGGGAUCUUUACUUCUCGAUAUAACUUUGUUAUUCCCAAAUUUUUUAUAAAUAUUUAAGUGUGGCGCCCUUUGUAAUCACAAAUCUUCUGAGUAUUAAAAUCUUCGUUUUACUGGAUCCUGAUCUAUUUGCCAUAACUAUGAUCAUUAGUUUUCUCUCCGACACUUUCUUACAAAAUAAUUCUCUCAUUUGAGUUUUAGUUCCUGUCUAGUACCAUCAUAUAUGUACUAUAAAAAAUUCGAUUUCUUCUGCAUUAUAUCACCUGUUAGUAGAACAGUGAACUUUACGCUUUCUCCAUGCUUUUCCAAAGCUUUAUAGGCGUUUUUUAAUGUUUUUAACGCGCACUCAGUAUUUUUCCAAUGCCAUGCUACCGAUGCUUUCCAACGCUUUUGGCGCUUGUAAAAGCGUCGAAAACGUAUCAAAACCACUGAAAAGUAGACGAAAAGGUAUCAUAAAUUUCUCAAAAAGUGUUUCAAGAUUGUAGACACGUCUGAAAUGCUUCCUAAUAUUAUAAAAUCGUCUAGAAAGCGCCAAAGGCGUGGAAAAAGAUGUCUAGAGAUAUAGCAUACUCCUCCGAAGUAUAUAAAUGAUAAACAUGUAUGUACAGAAUUUACAGAAGACGCGUCAGGAUCGUUAAAAAUGUCAAAAAUGCUUCAAAAAGAUGGAAAAUUGUCGAGAAAUCGUCAACAGCACUAAGAAAGCGUUGAAAGGUCGUCAAAAUUGUAAGAGAAAUGUCGAGAAAUGAUCUCCAUCGAAAUAAACUUACGUAAAUAAACGAAACAUUUGCGGACAUACGUUUGUAAAGCCAACUGUCAUUAUUUUUUUCAUGCAGAAUUACCCCUUAAAGUUUGUCGUACUUAUUUAGAAACACUGUGUAUCGAUGAAGAACAUGUCUAGUUGUUAACGUAUCUAACUUUUUUAUUAUUCAACAUAAACAAAUGAAUCAAAAAACAGAAUGUUAAGAAAACCUGAGGCUAUAGUUGGCUUUUAAUUUUAGUAUUUUAUAAAUGCUAGAAUAUUCCACAGGGGGAUGCAAACUUUGAGAAAAAAAACACAAUUUGAUUGGUACACCCGCUAUACAAUGAAGAGUUCCCUGUUUUGCAACAAUAAUAUUACAAUGGUAUUGCUAAAGAAUCAGACUAUAACAUGUUCGAAAAAUCAGUUAAAUCGGGCAACAGGUUUAGGAAAUAUGACACAUCAAAAAUGGCCAAAUUUUUAAGUGGGCCGAUUUCUAUGCUCAUAAGUUUAUAUAAAACAGAAAUAAUAUGUCUUUACAUAAUUCGCAGAAAAAGCGUCAGGAUCGUUGAAAAAUAGUUAAAAGUGUCAUACAAGCAUUUAAAGAUUGUAUAGCAAAUGUAAAAAAAAACGUUAGAAAUGUUUCAGAGUACUACAACAUCGGAAGAAACGUCGAAGAAGUACCGAAGUCGCGGGAAAAAAAGUUGGCAGAUAUAUCUUAUAUGGAAAGGUACAAAACAUAAACAUGUCUACAGAAUUGACAGACAAAACGCCAGAAUCAUUGAUCGGAUUGUUAAAAUCAUCAAAAUACUUCAAAAAUUUGGAAAAUCAUCGAAACGUCGUCAACAGCGCCAAGAAAGUUUUGAAAGGCCGUCAAAAUAGUGGAAAAACUGCCUGAAAAUGUAUUCUCGAUUGAAAUGUAUAAAACAGAAAUAUUUCUGUAGUUGUAACAGAUGUUAAUGAAAAUUUAUGGUUUGAUACGUGUGGAGCGUUUUAUAAGUCAUUUCUUCCUUUCAAUCGUAUUUAGUAGAGUGUAUAAAUAAUAAUUCAUUUCAUUAUUUAGUUACGUUAGGUUAAGUUUAUCAAGUAUUUUUUCAUGUUCAAAAGUUACCAAUAUUCCAAACUAAUAUACCAUAACGUUAAAAAUUAUUGUAAUAAUCAAAAACUAUUAUUUAUCACAGUUUUGUGUUACAUCACAAAGUGAGUUGAAUAAUUGACAAUAUUUCGCUUUUUACAAUUCAUAGAAUAGAGUUAACUUGAUAUUGCAGAUAUUUUUUACAUUUUGAGUCUCUUACUUUUCGGUUUAAUAUUUUUUUAAUUAGUUUAUUCCAUUAUACUCGUGAUGUUUAUUAUUAAUGUUAUAAUGUCUUUUUGAAAAACUGUUGAUAAUUAUUAUAAGACCACACUAUAAUCGGUGGGCUAUAUAGUUUGUUUUUAUUGAUGUUUGUUUGCCCUCAAUUGCAGGUAUUUUCUAUUUGUUUUUGCCAAUAAACAGUUUCAAUAAAAUUAUAUUAUUCUGC